AUGAUGCGCGCCAAGGGCAAAGCUACAUUCUUGGACGCCAUGAAGGAGACCGUCUCUCCCGCCGCGGCCGCGGCCAAGGAGGCGCUCAAGGAGGACGAGUGGGAGGUGCGGCCCGGCGGGAUGCUGGUGCAGAAGCGGGGCCCGGACUCGGACGCCCCCGCCGGCGCGCCCGUGCCCACCGUGCGCCUCAAGGUCAAGUUCAACGGCGUCUCCCACGAGAUCUACAUCAACUCCCAGGCAUCCUUCGGCGAGCUGAAGAAGAUGAUGUCGGACAAGACCGGCCUGCACCACGAGGACCAGAAGGUGCUCUACAAGAGCAAGGAGAUGGACUCCAAGGCCUUCCUCGACAUGUCCGGCGUCAAGGACCGCUCCAAGCUGCUGCUGCUCGAGGACCCCGACGCGCAGGCCAAGCGCCUCAUCGAGCAGCGCCGCUCCGACAAGGCCCAGCGCGCCGCCAAGUCCAUCUCCCGCAUCAGCCUCGACGUCGACAAGCUCGCCACCAAGGUGUCUGCGCUGCAGACCAUCGUGGGCAAGGGCGGGAAGGUGGUGGAGGCCGACGUGGUCGCCCUCACCGAGGCGCUUAUGACGGAGCUGGUCAAGCUCGACGCCAUCGCCGCCGACGGCGAGGUCAAGGUGCAGCGGCGAAUGCAGGAGAAGCGGGUGCAGAAGUACGUGGAGGCGCUUGACGCCAUCCGCGCCAAGAACACGGCCAACGGCCACGGCCACGCCAAGAACGCGGCCGCGCCUAAGUCCAACGGCAACGGCAAUGGCCAACCCAAGGUUGACAGGUCGCUGCACCUGCCGCCGCGGCCGCCGCCCGUCUCGCAGCGGCGGCAGUUCAAGCAGCAGCCGGCCCCGGCGACCGGCAAGGCUGCGGCGGCGCCGCCCACGGCGAGCUGGGAGACGUUCGACCUGCUGUCGUCAAUGCCGUCGACGUCCUCGGCCACGGCGACCACCACCAUGGCAGCCGCGACCACCACGACGAAGCCGGCCGCCGCCAACAACAACAACACCUCGCCGAUCCCGCGGUUCGACUGGGAGCUCUUCUAGCUGCUGCGCGCGUACCGCCCGUGACGGCGUGGUACAUGCCCCCAGCUUGGUUUCUUCUUUCUCGUGCAUCCAUCAAUCGCUCUGCGCUGCUCUGCUCUGCCCAGAUUGUUUCCUCCGUCUGUUUAUUCUUUCCUUUUCCUCGAUGGUUUCUUCUCCCAGCCCCAUUUUUUUUUUCACUUUUCUUCCGAGUGUAUGUAGUACAUCAAACAACAACAGAAGACGAACAGACCCUAGCUGUUGAAGUGGCGAGCGUGUUCGUCCGUGCAGAAAAAUAAGUGGUGGGGGGUGGGUGGUGUCUUAAUGUGAAGGAUUUUUCAUGGCACAACAUAUAUGAAAAAAUAGCAUGUAUAUGUGAUUCAUACCUA